CAUGUGCCAACCUGCACCGGAGAAGUUGUUGAUUCUGGGGUGAGUGUGAGGAGUACCUCCCCUGCUCUCUCCACUUCCACCCUGCCAUCCCCUACUCCACACCGAGACAUGGUUUAGCCCAACCUGUCCAGCAGUCAAGAUGAUGGCCUCUGUGGUUGCCAACGGAAACAGGAAGACGUCACUGUCCCUGAAAGGGGUGGACCCAGAAACCUGCAUGAUCGUCUUCAGAAACCACUGGGCACAGGUGGUGAAGAUCUUGGAGAAACAUGAUCCUGUCCAUAAUAGCGGCGGUGGCUGCCUUCGUCUCGGUCCGAUCCCCGGUGACGAGGCCAGCGCGGUACAGAACUACGUAGAACACAUGCUGUUGCUGCUGAUGGAGGAGGAAAGCUCACUUUUUCAGAUAGAAAUGCCAUUUAUAGAUCUGUCGUUCUCAUCGAAAGCCAAUCCGAUAAGCAGUAGAUCCAUUCUAUGUGAGAAAGAGGCAGCAUGCCUGUUUCUACUGUAG